AUGCGGCCCGGCUCGCAAGGGGGCCGGCAGGUGGAUUGGGCGAGAACUUUGCGCGAGCUUCGGACAUGGCUUCCGCGCCUCGGAGAUUCCGCCCAGCCGGCGCAGGCGCAGCUCUCCGCCUUGGAACUCGUGGAGCGAGGGGCCUUGGCGCUGCUCUUCCUGGCAAGGCAGGCGAGGCUCGAGCAUGGCGAGGGCUCGGCCGCCGAAGCGCUCCGAGAGCUGCGCUUGCUGGCUUCGUUGCUGCAGGCGCAGACGCGGAAAAGUGCCGAGUUUGGGUCCGGAGCCGACGGGUCCGAUCCGAUCGAUUCCGAGAGCGCCGAGUGCGACUGGCGCUGGGUGGUGGCAGCGACGCUGAGGCCAUGGAUGUGUCAGGAGGCCUGGUGUUCACCGCGUGUCGAAGUGGUGGAUUAUCGGCCCUGUUGUGGCACCGGGCGGCUCCUCCUGGCAUCCAAUUGCGACCACAAAGACCUCCGAGCGGUGCUGGACAUCAUCGUGUCCGCGCCGGCUGAUAGCGAGCUUGAGCUGGAGCCGGAGCUGGGCCGGCAGCGUUUGCUUCAUCGAGGGCCUUGGCAGGGCUUCCGCCCGACGGAGGGCGGUUGGCACGCCUCCUUCGGCCCCGCAGGCAGCGCGCUCCACCGCUGGGAGGAGGUCACUGCGGCCGGCCUGGCGGCGCUGGCGGCGGCGCAGAGUGCGAAGAGCAGGAGCGGCACGGUCCCAACGCCGCUGCCCCUGCUGUGCUACGGCGUGGGAGAUGGGCUCCUUUGCACCUUCCUCGCACAGCACGUCCCAGAGGUGCAGGUGGAAGUUUUGGAGCCGGAGGCUGUCGCCCUGGAGUUGGCCGAGCGGCACUUCGGCCUGCGACUGGCGGUCAGCGGCAUCGGAACGCCGCAAGUCGUUUUGGGUCUGGAAGGCGAGGGCUGCGAGGGAUCGCCGCAAGAAGCGACAGCAGCGGCCGCCCCAAGCGGCUCCGGAAGCGGCUCCGGAAGCGGCUCCUACGCGGCGGUGCUGGCCUUGGGCCGGGGCCCGGCCCAGCCAGACUGGGAGCCGCUGAGGCGCCUCUGCCAAAGCGGCUGUCUCGGCCAGGUGCCGGUAAUUUUGCUCGAGGCGCCCUGCGGCGCCAGGCAGGCCUUGUGCGCAGCCUUUGCCGGCUUCAGAGUCGUUGAGCUACAGGAUCUUGAGAGUGACGAGAGCGCGAACCUGGAGACCGAGACCUCCAUCUUCCUCCUCACACGAGAUCUCCAGACCUGCGCAGAGGAUUCCUUCCUGGAUGUCAUCUCACCGAAGCGGUGGUUCGACUUGCUGCUUGCAAGGGGAGGGGUCCGAGGCGGCGCACCCGAUGUGCUCGAUGCGCAGAGAAGUCAGGUGGUGUCGGCGGGCUUCCUCUCCCUGGCGACGCUGGGAUUCCUGGAGCGCCUCGCAGCGAAAGCCGCGGAGGGCUGUGGCCGCGCGGUGCGCUCGGCGCCGCAGUCCGAGGCCUGGCAGGUCAGCUUCCUUCAGACAGGCGGCUUCUUCGCGCGAGAAGCCCCGGAGCUGCUGGAACGCUUGGCCGAGAUGGCGAGGUCUGUGGGGCUCCGCGAGCACUGGCUGACUCCCGCCCAGGCGGAGCGGCUGCAGGCCAGAGUCGUGGAGUGGCAUGAUCAGGGGGCCCCUGGACCGGGCAUCCCGGAUCCUCGACACUACGACAUGGACAGUCUCGUGACCGUGGACGUCCUCUGCGCCGAGCCCAAGGAAGACUUCGAGGGCGGCGAGCUGCGCACCUUGGAAAGCGAUGGGAGCCUCAAGGAGCAGAGUUUCGGCCUGCUCGAGGUCCUCGUCUUCCAGGCCCACAAGUACCACAUGGUCGCCCCUGUGACGCGCGGCCGGCGCCGAGCCUUGGUGCUGGAGUUCUGGGAUGGGCCAGCGCGCGGGUGCCCUCACCGGUGCAUCAGCUUCGAAGAGCGCUGUCCCUUGGAGCCCGGCAACGGCGACGAGCGCGAAGAGCCGAGGAGAAAAGCCUUUGGAAGGCAGCUGCCGUUCCGACUUGCUUCUGCUCAGAGCCGCGGCGCGUCCCUGAGGUUGAUGCAGCUGCAGAGAGGAAAGUACGAGGGAUUGGUCUGGAUAAUUCAGCUCGAGAUGCCUUUGCUCAGCCUGGCCAACAUCACCCUGUCGAGCGCGCGGCACGUGAGCAUCGCUCCUCACGAGCCAGGCGGUGGUGCCAAUCCCGUGGAGGGGCGGCGCUCCUGGCGGUUUCGCAACACAGGCGCGCGGAUCAAGGGUCCCAUUGCCACGUUCCCGGAGGCAGUGGAUGUUGGUGUUGGUGACAUCGGCUUGUUCCAGGAGCUACUGUCGCAACCGCAAGAGACCAUUGGGGACUUCGAUGGGCCUGUGGCCUUGCUGGGUCAGGAUCUGAUGACCCAGAUGCCCCUUCGGUACAGCGCCCGCGGCGCGAGGGACGCUCUGGUUCCGCCACGACUGAAGCGUGGAGUUGCCAAUGCCUGUGCAAGCGCAGAAAGAGACUUGGACAGCCGGAGCGAUGUCGCUGCCAGGGUGCUUGCUGUACCAGGUGCCACUCGCGGGUCUUCCCCUGCAACUCAGCUCAAGAGCGAUGAAUCGCGUUGGGGCGCAGAUCGGGGAGGAUCGCAGGAUCGAAUUGCGGUCGAGGCCAUUCAUGAAGAGGACUGGCUCCACCUGGUCCUCAUUUUGGGUGUCCUCUGUGGCAGGGCCCACACCGGCUCCUGCAGCCCUCGAAGCUAG